UUUGACUACCGUUCCACCUCGAUGGUUCCGUUGCGUUUCGGUCCCAGCCACAGAUAUUCCUGUAGCGCUACCUUUGCAAGUUCUGCUCGGUCCGGUUCCGGUUCCGGACGACCCGGAAGAUGGUUAAGUUCGACUGGCGGCGGAUGUGCCGCAAGAAGAAGAACGUUCCGCAGGGUGGUGCUAUCCUGGAUCAAGUGAUUUCGCAGAGCACGAACGUCCAGGGCCAGUGUUUGCUGUACAAGAUGGCCAAUUACAAGGGUGGUGGCGAUUUGAUCGAUGCGUUCAAGAUGGGCGGCCAGAAGGCGGUGGAGCAGCUGAUCCGGGAACAGUUUGGGGUGUUUAUGUAUAAUGCUGGCCGGGGUCAGAUUAUCAAUCGGGCGGAGUAUCUGCGGUGGAAGUAUAUGGAUAACCAUGAGGUUGUGAUUCCGAUUGAGGCGUCGCUGUCUCCGCAUGAUCCUUUGGGGAAGUGGGUCGAUCAUAAGGCCUGUUGGCAGAUGCAGUAUCGCGGGUUGCUGGGGGAGAGUCUACUUCAUGUGUUGAUCAUCUGCGACACUAAGAUUCAUACCAAACUGUCCCGCAUUCUGCUGCGCGUGUUUCCGGAGCUGUCGAUCGACGUGAUGGAAGGCGAGGAGUACCUGGGCGCUAGCGCACUCCACCUGGCGAUCGCGUACAGCAACAACGAACUCGUUGGCGAUCUGAUCGACGCCGGGGCGGAUGUGUCCCAGCGGGCCAUCGGGCGCUUCUUCCUUCCACGGGACCAGCAGAAGAUGCAUCCGGCCAAGACCACCGACUACGAGGGGUUGGCCUACCUGGGCGAGUACCCACUGGCUUGGGCCGCUUGCUGCUCGAACGAAUCGGUCUACAACCUGCUGCUGGAGUGUGGCGCAGAUCCGAACGCGCAAGACAGCUUCGGAAACAUGAUCCUGCACAUGGUCGUCGUGUGCGACAAGCUGGACAUGUUUGGGUACGCGCUGCGGCACCCGAAGCUACCCUGCAAGAACGGGAUCGUCAACGAGGCCGGACUGACCCCGUUGACGCUGGCCUGCCGCAUCGGUCGAGACGAGGUGUUCCGUGAGAUGUUGGAGCUGUCGGCGAGGGAGUUUUGGCGGUACAGUAACAUCACCUGUUCCGGGUAUCCGUUGAACGCGCUGGACACGUUGAUGCCGGAUGGUUCGACGAACUGGAACUCUGCGCUGUUCAUCAUCCUUAACGGAACAAAGGAGGAACAUUUGAACAUGCUGGACGGUGGUAUCGUGGAGCGUCUGCUGGACGAGAAGUGGAAAACCUUCGCCAGGAAUCAGUUCUUGAAGCGUUUGCUUAUCCUUGCACUGCACUUGUUUUGUCUGUCGUGCUCGAUUUACCUGCGACCGGUACAUGUCUUCAAGGAUGAUGACGAUGCAGAUGACACCGAUGGGGUUACUGAUUCCCCUGAUACAACCGACGACGAGGGGAUUGACCUGACCACGUGGUUUCGGUACGGGUUUGAAGUUGCCACCGUGAUGGGCGUGCUGAGCUAUGUCGUAGUUCAGCAGGGUGAAGAAAUCAAGAAUCAGGGGUUUAUAUCGUUCCUCAAAUCGCUGGCUGGAGCUCCCGCUAAAGCGAUUUUCUUGAUUUCCAACCUGAUGAUUUUGUGCUGCAUACCUCUGCGGAUUCUCGGCGAUAGGGAAGCUGAGGAAGCGGUGUUGUUGUUUGCCGUCCCCGGCAGCUGGUUUCUGUUGAUGUUCUUCGCCGGUGCAAUCGGACUAACUGGACCCUUCGUAACCAUGAUCUUUUCUAUGAUAACCGGUGACAUGUUCACGUUCGGCAUUAUUUACACGAUCGUACUGUUCGGAUUCUCGCAAGCGUUUUACUUCCUGUACAAGGGUCACCCCAACGCGGACGAAUCACCCUUUGGCACGUACUUUGGAACCUGGAUGGGGCUGUUCCAGACGACCCUUGGCGAUUACGAUUACGCCGAUUUGAACCUGACCACGUACCCCAACCUCGCCAAAACGGUCUUUAUCACGUUCAUGAUCUUCGUGCCGAUUCUGCUGCUUAACAUGUUGAUCGCCAUGAUGGGUAACACCUACGCGUACGUCAUUGAGCAAGCCGAAAAGGAAGGUAUGAAGCAGUGGGCCAAGAUUGUGGUCAACCUGGAGCGUGCCGUCAAGCAGGAGGACGCCAAAAAGUAUCUGGAAGAGUACUCGAUCGGGCUGGGACCUUCGGACGAUCCACGGUUUGAGAUUCGCGGCGUAAUGGUGAUCAAGAGUAAGAGCAAGACGCGAGCGCGGCAGCGCAAGGGAGCGGUCAGCAACUGGAAGAGUGUGCUGCGUGUGACGUUGAACGAGUUGAAGAAGCGCAGCAUGACGGGAGAGGAGCUGCGCCGGAUUAUGUGGGGUCGAUCGUCGAUCACUUCCCCGGCUAAGAUUUCCAAAAAGAAGAAGAUCUACGACGAAGACGAGGAUCCGUUCGCGAUCACGGCAGCCAUUGACGUGAUGUCGUUCACGCAAGAUAUCGUGAUGGUCAGUACGGAACCGGUUGGUCCCCUCAUGAUCGACCCGACGAAACCUCCCGUCACCACCGUCAAAUCCUCCGCUCCGAUCGUUCCUUCCGCGCAACCUGCUCCAGGCGUUCCGAUGACAACAGCGCAGACUGCGGCUCCUACGGCACCCCAGCUGGUCAAGCGCCAGUCCGUGGUCAGUGCUCCGCCGGCUUACGAUGACUUCCUCCCGGCGAAAGGCUUCAAGGAUCCGCUGCGGGAGCUGCUCAUCCUUUCAGAAUCGACCUCGAUAGACGAGCACUACGCGCAAACGUGCCGUACGCUGGCGACGGAUGCCUCCACCCUGGACCACGUGUACGAGAUCGAUCUGAACCGACAGAGCCAGCUCCGGCAGGAGGAACACCAGCAACAGCAACAGCAGACCGUUGGCCAGUUGAAUCCCUUCCUGGACGCGAAAGACGUGGUCGACCCAGUGAAGGAACGCGAGUUCCUCAAAACCCUGGAAGCCCUCGAAGACACCGACAGUGAAGCGGCCGAAAAGCCCGUCCUCGGCAAGAUCUCGUUGAUCCGGCGUGCCAGAUCGGCCGUUUCGAGAACAACCUCCAGGAAGAAGAAAACCGACCAGCAUCCACUGUUUAUGAUUGCCUGGGACGACAAAACGACGACGAUCCCCGGUGGGGGUCCCCAAGCGGUGUCGGCCACCGCCGGAACUGCUGCUCCGGAGGAUGACUUUGGGGCACUGAACACGGCGUACGAGUGCUCGGCGGAAGAUUUGAAGCACGACGUGGACGAAGAAGCACGGGAGGACGAUCCGGACGAGGGCGUGACGGUGGAGGAGGUUCACCGACGGAUGGAACGGUUCCACCAGCGGCCGGGCAGAUCCUCGCCGGAGCGGGACAGCAACUCGACGGAAAGCAGCAAGAAGCAGGCCAAGGGGGGUAAACCGCGGCACAGCAUUGGCCGCGGCAGGAACAACAAGGUUUCGCCGGACACUUCGAACGAGAGCGAACGGGCGGCCAAGAAGGACAAACGCAUGAAGUCGGCACCCAGCGGCCAUGGGCCGCGCCAUCGGCAGAUGAUGGACACUGGUGGCGGAUCGCCGCCGGAUCCACUCGAGCCGUGGAGCACGAAAGAAAUUGUACCGAUCAAUAAGCUGCUCGAUACGGAUACCCAGGACGAGUAGUGUCUGAAUUAUAUUUCGACGCCGUCGUGCUAACUUGUCGUUUUUUG